CGCUGAAGCAGGAGCAGCGGCGCGGACACUCCGCUCUCCACAGCCGGACAACCCGCUCCUCCUGCGGGCUCAGCAGCGCUCCAGCCCGGGCCAAGACAUCACCCUUCCGCCGCACUGACCAACCGAUCCGGCGGGGUAGUUUGGACUAAACCCGGGGUUCUAUGAAUGCGAAAGUGUAGAGACUCCAGACUUCUAUAUCAGAUGCUGAAGAAAGCGAGCAGCUGAAUGGCCUCUACAUGAGCGGCAGGGCCAGCUCAGGACUGACCGGGGGAGGGAUGUCGGCAUGACGACCACUGCUUCUUGGUGACUGGAAAACAGGUGAGCCGUGAGGAUGCGCUGCCUGGCCGCUCGGGUCAACUACAAGACCCUGAUCGUGAUCUGUGCCCUCUUCACCCUCAUCACCGUGCUGCUAUGGAACCGCUGCACCACCCACACCUCCCUGCGCUUCCUCCCCCGCCACGCCGCCGCCGUGCCCCCCAGCCCCAGAGAGGGAGGGGGCGGAGCCAGCAUCAGCAGCCAGCAGCAACCGCCCCAGCCCCCCGAGCCCCCUCCUGUGGUCGGGGGGGCAGCGAGCAGGUUUGAGGAGAUCGACUGUCUGAUCAACGAUGAGGCCACGGUGAAAGGGAGGAGGGAGGGCGCAGAGGUCUACUUCCCCUUCAGCUGGAUGGAGAAGUACUUCGAGGUGUAUGGCAAAGUGGUGCAGUACGACGGAUACGAGCGCUUCGAGUUCCAGCACAGCUACUCCAAAGUGUACGCACAGAGGGAGCCCUACCAUCCUGACGGGGUGUUCAUGUCCUUUGAAGGAUACAACGUGGAGGUCCGGGACAGAGUCAAGUGCAUCAGCGGAGUGGAAGGCGUGCCUCUGUCCACCCAGUGGGGUCCUCAGGGAUACUUCUACGCCAUCCAGAUCGCCCAGUACGGCCUGAGCCACUACAGCAAGAACCUGACGGAGAGAGCGCCCCACGUGGAGGUGUACGAUACUGCAGAGGAGCGUGACAGCCGGGCUAGCUCCGCCCCCUGGAGCGUCCCGAAGGGGUGUGUCCUGAACCGGGUCUAUGAGAAGAACAAAUACAGCACAGUGCGGCAGUUCAACGCUCCAGACUCGUCUGAGGGCGUGUCUCUGCAGCUGGGGAACUCCAAAGACUUCAUCCUGAGCCUAGACCUGAAGUUCAGCUCCAACGGCAGUGUGUCUGUGAUCCUGGAGACCACAGAGAAGGGCCCCCCUUUCACCAUCCACUAUGUGACCAGCAGCCAGCUCAUCACCUUCAAAGACAGAGACAUCACCUACGGCAUCGGCCCCAGGUCCUCCUGGAGCACCCUGACCAGAGACCUGCUCACAGACCUGAGGAAGGGUGUGGGACUGUCCAACACCAAGGCUGUCAAAGCCACCAAGAUCAUGCCCAGACGGGUGGUGCGCCUGCUCCUCCACGGCCGUGGCUUUGUGGACAAUGUGACCAUCUCCACCACAGCUCACAUGGCCGCCUUCUUCGCCGCCAGUGACUGGUUAGUGAGGAACCAGGACGAGCGCGGGGGCUGGCCCAUCAUGGUGACCCGUAAGCUGGGCGACGGCUUCAGACCUCUGGAGCCCGGGUGGUACUCUGCCAUGGCCCAGGGCCAAGCCAUGUCCACCCUGGUGCGGGCGUACCUGCUGACUAAAGACCAGACCUACCUGAACUCUGCCCUCAAAGCAGUGGGGCCCUACAAGGUGCCCUCUGCGCAGCACGGGGUCAAAGCUGUCUUCAUGAACAAGUACGACUGGUAUGAGGAGUACCCCACCAUCCCCAGCUCCUUCGUGCUAAACGGCUUCAUCUACUCUCUGCUGGGGCUGUAUGACGUGACAGAGACGGCCGGGGAGAGGGGGGCCGAGGCAGCUCAGCUCUUCAGCAGAGGCAUGGACUCUCUGAAGGCCAUGCUCCCUCUGUAUGACACAGGCUCAGGCAGCAUCUAUGACCUGAGACACUUUAUCUUAGGCACUGCCCCCAACCUGGCGCGCUGGGACUACCACACCACACACAUCAACCAGCUGCAGCUGCUCGCCUCCAUCGACAGCGCCCCCAUCUUCAAGGACGUGGUCCGCCGGUGGAAAGGCUAUUUAAAAGGGAUCCGGGCCAAGCACAACUAGACUGUCCUCCAGAGAGCAGACAGCAGGGGGCGCUCUGCUCCUGAAGCAGACUGGCUCUGUGUGAGUCUGCUGCAGCCUGUCGGAGCGGGGCUUUGUACUGGGACAGGCCUAGUGUAAAGAGUGUCUUCUGUGAGACUGUGGGAGGGCAUCAUGGUUACAUCAGAUUGAUUUUUUUUUUUUUUCAUUUUGUUUGUGGUGAUCUUUCAGAUUGUAUUUUUUACAAAUGAAAACAAUAUUUACAUAGAUGAUUAAAAUCAGGAUAAUUGUAAAUAAGAGAGUAAAUUAUGAAGUAUCAGUAGGAGAAUGUUGCCAAAAAUCCUCUAACAAAAUACUUUCAUUUUUUUCAGAUCCGUUGGUUUUCUAAUUUCAAAUCCCUCCACACACACACACACACACACACAUCUGCACACAAGCACACACACACACACACACACAUCUGCACACACACACACACACACACACAGGGGCAGUGAAUGUUUGAACACAGUAGCAUGGUCCCAUAGAGUUUCACAGACACAGUGUCCUGUGUCUUCAGGGCUGGUUUAUAAUGACAGAGGAGUUCCAGUGUAUUUGAAGUAUUAGCAGAGUGAAUAUGCGUUUACUAUCAGUAGUUUGUGUUUAGGUGAGGGGAGUAGGUGGAUCUUUAUAAACUUGAAUAGUAAAGAAUAACUGGAGUGUCACACUGGGGACAGGGCAUUUGGUUUGGACCGUUCUCGUGUUUGUAGGUCGUUCUUUUGACAGAAACAGUGUGAUAGUCGUGUGAUACUUCUACUGUAGCCGAGUCCAGCACAGAUGAGAAAAGGGACAUAUGAGGGAUGACGGUUUGAAAGCACACUCUCCUGCUUUCAGCUCUGAGACAUGUCCACAGGUGUAAACACAAAAACAAAGGGCAGUCGUGUUGAAAAGUUUGUUGUGUUUUAUUUGGGCAAAAAAGUCCAAAUAAAACAGAACAAACAGUUUUAUCUGGACAAAAAAGUACAUCCACUUUAUCCAAUAAUUAGGUUGAAAUACAGGACAUUCCACAAUAUACACAGUCAAGGCCAAUACAAAUGUGAUACCCCAAUAAUGAGAUGUGGUUUUGUUGGGAAAUCGGGUCAUUAUAAUCACCAGAUUUUAGAGGAACUGUUGUAUUUGAAAGACAAAGUACAGUGGCUCUUAAAAUAACUCUUACAUCUGUAUUCUUUUUUUGUCAUGGCCCCAUUAGUUUACCUCUUUUUGCAUAAUUAUUCUUGUUAAAAUCUUAGAAAUCAGAUUAGUCACAUCAGAUAAACUGUUUACAUAACAUUUUAACAACAGGAUAACUCCACAAAUUGAACUGAAAAUGAUUUGCCCAAAGCAGAGAAUAUAAGGGGCGGAGCAUCUCACCUGUCAAUCACUUAAGGAGAAGUGGAGAUGCCUCUUUGAGAUCAAACCCUGUGUCCUCUGUAAACACUAGUGUAACGUUGGUGGUUCUGCAGUUGUAUCCACCUCUUCACUUAGCACAAAGGCAACUUCCCACCGUCACAACAGUGUUUCCCUAUGGACGAGCACCACUGCACGGGCCCUUUCUGUGUGAAGAGAGGCCCCGCUCUGCCCCGGGGGACGCUGGUCUCCUCUACACUGCACCAAGUUCAUGUGAGCUCUUCAUGCAAUAACAACUGAGCUUUCAAACUUUGAAUAUACAGGGUGUCCCAAAACGUGACAUUUCGCAAGGCAAUAUUUUGGGCAAUGCUUGUUGAAGUAACCUCGAAUUUUCACAGAAUGUAUAGAAACAGAUCAAGAUUUUAUACUGAAUGUUUUAUUUGUUGUACUGUUUCAAAUUUGUUUCCUCUUGCUGUAUUUAUGAAGAUGAACUGGCGUCAAGAUGACGCUCUGAUAAAGGAUAAACCAGGGGUGUCAAACUCAUUUUGGUCCGGGGGCCAUAUCCAACCUACCUUGAUCCCAAAGGGGCCGGAUCAGAAAACUCAUGUCAUAUAAACCCCCAAAAUAACAAUAAGUUCAAAUAUUUGUGCAGAGAAACGCAAAUCUAUUACAGAAAUCUUUUUAAAUUGAUGAACUCUUUCUUUUACAAAAUAUUAUAUUAUUAUGAAGAACCUGAAACUUUAAGAAAAAUGCAAUUUCAACACAAUAUUUUAACAUGAACUUGUAUGUAAAUAGGAAUAAGUCAAUAUUUGUUGUAAAAUCCUGCACUCGGCUCCACUUUUCUCAUGUUGGACAUUUUUCUGAUGAGGGUGUCACGGUCAACAGUCAAAACGAUCGUCCUUUAAGAGCGUUUGGAAAGAGACAAGUCUUCAUUUGUGCUGCUCUGGUGGGAGGGGCCACGUACAGAGACACUGGAGACACUGCUAUGCUCAGCACCGCAGAAAAUUACCAAUAUUUUAAUUAAAAUAUUUAAGUUGAAAAUCAGCCAAGGGCCAGAUUAAAGGUCUUGGAGGGCCGAAUCUGGCCCCCGGGCCAAUUAAUAAGCUUAAGCUUCAGCCUCCACCUUUUCAGUCUGUGUAUGUUAAAUAUGACUGUUUGUGAAUUCAUGUCAAAAUAUACCUAUGACCGAAAUAAAUAAUCAAACAAUAAUCAAUAAUACAUUUUUGUUCUGUUUUCAGGUUGAUCCAUUCACUCCCAAAUAGAAGUCAUUUUGUGUUUUGGAAUCUGCUCACACAGUCACAGCAGCCUUCCUCUGUACAUUUUUGAUACCAAGUCCAAUUUUGUUUGCCAGUUGGAGAAGUUUUUCCAGAUGUCGCAUUGAAGCCUGCACAGAGUUGGGUGAGUGUGUGCAGCAGAUUCCAAGACACAAAACUUCUCUUUGAGAGUGAAUGGCUCAACCUGAAAACAGGACAAAAAUAAAACAUUCAAUAUAAAAUCUUGAUCUGUUUCUAUACAUUCUGUGAAAAUUUGAGGUUAUUUCAUCAAGAAUUGACAAAAUUCUUGGCCUGUGAAAUGGUUUUGGGACACUGUAUAUUAUUUUCAGAAAGUCUAUGGGGGAAAACAAACAGAAAAUUGAUUGGGAAAUGUACUUCCAGCAGCAGGGGCAGGGGGCACUGUUGAGCUCCACAGUACAAGUACAAGUCAAGUACAGUUUUCAGGUGGACUUUAAUUCAAAACACAAAUAUGGCUUUUGUGUUAAUAAGGGCCCAUUUUACACUAUUUUCUGAUCUAUGUUCUGUUUCCUCGGGACAAACACACCUGGAGUUGUUUUGUUUCAUUCACACAUAAUGAGUUUUUCUCAAACUGAAAACACACUGUUCCACUUUGUGAUGUCAUGUGGUAAUACAGGAAGUGUAUUACUGUGUCUUUAAACACACUUUCACUUGGUUCAUUUCUGCUCUGGAAUCGGCAACCUCUGCUGAAUUAAAUGUAAAAGGUUGAUGUUAACUUGGAAAACUACAGCUUCAUGACAUCACAAGGUGGAACAGAGCAUUUUCAGCUUUCAAUAUGUAGACAGAGCAGUAAUGCAGGAUUACUCAAACAUGUGUGAAUGAAACCGAACACCUUUAACAACACAAGACUAAGUUUUAAUCAGCGAGACCUAACACAAAAAUAGUCACAUUUCUUCCUCCAAACUCUUGCGUCCUCCCCUUUAAAAACCCUCCAUCUAACCAUUAGCCGACCAUUUGAAACGACUGGAUUUUGAUUGGAUCUAAACUGAAUUACUCGGCCCAAGUGACUACACUCCUGCCUCACACUUUACAAUGGGAGAGCGAACAGUCGUGCUAAAUAUAGAAAUGCUCAAAGUCUAUUGUAAUGCGUUUAAAUCUGAAGUGGGUAGUGGGUUACAUGUAGACGUGAUGUUUACCAAAGUGUAGGACGCUGUGAAACUUGUGAAUGAACAGUGAAGGGUAAACGCUGCCCUGUGGAGCACGAGGGGAGGCCUGUUACAAACACUACAGUGAUGGGAUUGUGAAACGUGCUUCUGCUGAUGAUUGUGCAGCUGGUGGAUGUAUCACACCUGGAUUAGUGACGUGGUGUUCGUGAGGAAUCCAUGUAUCAUUGGUUCAUUCAUUUUUUAAUAUAAAACCAAAAAUAGGAAAACAAAAAAACAACUGUUUUCCUCAUUAUUUGUCUCCAAAACCAAAAUGAAAAACGGAUAACGAUUCAUUUUUUCAGUUUUCGAUUUUGUGUUUAAAUGAAGAAUGGAAAAAACGUUUACAUGACUCCCGUGACUGCAAUGCCGAACUGUUGCACUGCAUACGGACUGAACCAGGACUGAUCCAGGUCCGGACCAGAGUGGACUCUUUGAGCUUUGACUCCGAGCCCCCGAGGGGUCAGAGCCUCAGCUUCGAGCUCUGGCCCUGCCGUGGGCUCUGAGCCUCCGGUCUGGUCCCGGCCUAGUCUCGGUCUCAGUCCCGGUCUGGUCCCGGUCUGUUCCGGUCUGGUCCGGACCUGGAUCAGUCCUGGUUCAGUCCGUAUGCAGUGCAAAAGUCCGGCAUCACAGUCACGAGUGUCACGUAAACGGGAAACGGUUGUUAUCUGUUUUUUUUUCCAUUCUUCAUUUAAACACAAAAUCAGAAACUGAAAAAAUGAAUCGUUAUCCCUUUUUUCAUUUUGGUUUUGGAGAUAAAUAAUGAAGAAAACUGUGUUUUCGUUUUCUUAUUUUUGGUUUUAUAUUGAAAAACAAAUGAAUGAAUGAUACACGGAUUGUGAGGGAGUCGGCUCUUUUGGAACGGUUCAUCAAUUUGUUUUUAAAGAACCAAAUCUUUUUCUAAUUUGAUUCUAAUUGUAAUACUGAAACUAACACUGAACCAACACAAAGCAAGAGGCAGAGGAGCUUUGUGCAGUUUUACCUCAUUUCAAUGGAUAAACACAGUUCUACUUUCAGUUUAAAAUAUUUUAAAUUCAUCUUUGUGUCUCUGUCGACCAAAUUAUUCUCACAUUGGCUUCUGUCAUAAAUUAAAAAAGAGCCGGUCUUUUGAUGAACAUAUCCAAAAGAUUCGAAUCCCACAAAAGAGCUGAUCUGGUGUGGUUUGAACAAACUGCUGUUGGUUGUUACAGGUGUUCUCUGAAAACGUGAAAACGUCCACUGUGCUCCAGAGCUGAGCCUGAGCGAGUCAUGUUUCAUGUGUGAAUGUGUCAGAGGUUUUAUUCAGACGACAGGGGAGUUUUGUUGAUACUUUGCAGUGACAUCACACUGGGGGUGUUCUACAUUUAUCUCUGCUGUGGAAUGUUCAGCAGUUUCUAGACUAAAACUAAAACUGAAAAUGCAUGAAAAUAGAUUUAAACACAUUUUCCGGAGCCUGUGAUCAAGAGCGUUCAUGGUUCUGUUUAGGAGUUUGAUUUUCAAUCCUCGCUGGCUUGUGUGUGUAAUUUUGUGUGAGAGGGACUUCUUUAAGAGCACAAAAGCUCAUCUCACCUUGUAGCUCAGCUAAAUCAGUUCUUUCUGGGCAGAUUGUGCUAAAAUAAAGCUCAGAUUAAAGUUUAACAAAGCUUCAGACAGAGCAGUGCUUCCAGUUAGCAUCACACCCCCGGGGAAUGUUGAUGUGUACAAAGUAUCAACUCUACCGCUCUUCAUAUUUGUAUUUGAUUUGAAAUGUCUGGAGUUUCCUGUGAGCUUCUGUUGGACAGACAAAAGCACAAAUGUUGUUUUGGUAGAACCUGGAGGUGGAGUAGAACACUGCUGUCUCCUCACUGUGUCCAGCCCACACAGCUUCACUUCUGUACAGCUCCUCAGCUGUUCCUCUGAUAGACUCACUGGGGCCGGCGCCCCCUGGUGGAUUUAUGCAAUAACUGUUUACUGUUCGGGGCUGUGACUGAGACCACAGACUGCUACAAGCACAAUGUGCAACUCACCCUUUUUAGUCCCAGAGUCUUUCUAUCUUUGUGCUUUCAAGGCUUUUUCAGAUGUCAAUAAAAGCAUUUUCUUAAA